CGUCGGAUCUGCUUUCUUUGCGUUGCACAAGAAUUGGAUGCAAUGGCGUGCUGGAUUGUUUGCGAUUGCCACCUUUGAAAGGGGUUCCGCCCGGUGGUAGGCAAUCCUGGCUCAAGUUGACAGUACUGGGUUGAGGUAUGACAUCGCUAGAAGCGUCUGCGUAAAUCAAUAGAUCAAGAACGACCACUAAAGAGUUGCACAGGACGCUUGAAGUUGAGAUUUUACCGGGAGUGAGAUAUUGCAUAUGGCAACAACCAUCAGUGUUGCAGUGUGAGUGAAGAAACCAAGACAGCCAAGCAAAGAAAUAAGCCACCACAGUGUCAGUGCCAAAUUAAAAGUCUAAAAAAUUGCACCCUGGAUAGUCUACAGAGCAGAAUUCAUAUAUGUUGCACAUUUUAUGAAUUUGCUUACAAGCAAUUGUCUGUAGUUUUCUCAGGUGGUGUCAGUUGAUAGAAAACUGGCAAGUGCAGCCCUGAUAGCCAGUGCCACGUUCUUUUGGUCACAUGAGCUUAUACAGAACACGACCACGUUUAUACAUAAGCCAUGGACCGAAAGACGUUUUGGACACGACUCCGACAUUACCCGAUUUAAAGUUAAAUGCUCCUAGUCCACCACCAUUACCGAACAGUCCACCCGUGUUUCCAAACACCAGUGACUCAUGUCAAGUGUUGAGAAUUGGACAGUAUUUAUUGGUGGAGCAACUUGACUCUAGCAAUUUAUACAAGGCUGUGAAGACAGACACUCAGGAACAUUUAAUAUGUAAGGUAUUUACUUUAGCAAAAUACCAAGAGGCCCUAGCAGCCUAUUUUCGCCUGGAUUCUGAAGCUGGGAUCAACCACGUUGUAGAAAUCUUGCUCGGAGAACAGAAUGCAUAUGUCUUCUUUGAGGGUAACCAUGGCGACCUUCACUCGUAUGUCCGCUCACACCGGCGUCUGCGUGAGAAUGAGGCGGCAUUACUGUUCUGCCAGAUAGCCACCAUUGUCGCGGCAUGCCAUAGCAGGGGUGUUGUACUACGAGACCUGAAACUGCGAAAAUUUGUCUUCAAAGAUGAGGAAAGGACGUCGCUGAAGCUAGACAGCCUAGACGAUGCGUGGGUCUUGGACGAGGAAGAUGACAUGCUAUCAGACAAGCAUGGCUGUCCUGCAUAUGCAUCCCCAGAGAUUCUUAAUAGCACCAGCUCUUACUCGGGCAAGGGAGCAGACGUCUGGAGCCUUGGUGUGAUGCUGUUCACGAUGCUCAUCGGCCGCUACCCAUUCCACGACACUGAGCCGACGAAGCUGUUCAGCAAAAUACGCAAGGGCCAGUACACGAUCCCGGACACGGUGUCGUCACGUGCCAAGAGCCUCAUACACAGCUUGAUGCGGCGCGAGCCCGCCCAGCGCCUCUCUGCAGAAGAGGUGCUCGAACAUCCUUGGUUUAACAACAGACACUCGUUCAGCCUUCCCCGGAUGGACAAGGAUGCUAAGGAUGUAGAGCAGUUGGUGCCGAGAGAGAUUGUGAGCGACGAUGAUUGGUUCACAUGAACUGCGCCAACAGCAACAACGCCAAUCAUUUCACAUCUAGUCCACAGCCGUGGACAUGUCGCGUGGUGGACGGCGACUUUCCGGCUCUAGUGCGCAUGGACGUGUUUGUGCGUAUACCCGCCAUCGCUGUUUCAUGCUUACAGUUGUUGUGAUGUGUGUGUAUGUGUGUCUGGCCGUUGUGCGCCCGUUGAAUUUUAGCAUGGUUCACGGUACAUGACGUUGAGUGUGAAAAAUCUGUGUAGGCGUUUUCGAUGCGUGCUUAGUGCGUCGUGGCAUGUAUGAUGUAGAGGCACGUACCGUGAAGUCGUUUGGCCUGUAGGUGCGGGGAGUGAGGAUUUUUGUCAUGUUGCGUGCUUCAGGUUUUACAGGCGUGUACUUUCAUCGUUGUAAAUAAGAGGCAAAUAGUAAUUACAAAUGUACAGAAGUUGACAAAGAUCUCUGUGGUUGGAUUGUUAGAAGAUACAAAGUUUAAAUUCUGUAAACUAUGCCUAACUUGUAAGAAUAUGUGUACAGUUGUUCAUCAAAUUCGAUCAGUUCUACUAUGAUUUAGAGGUAAAGAUAGGAGAGAGCAUAUGAGGUGUGCAUGGGUGAGUCUGGGCGUGGCUUGAAUGUGUGAGCAUGUGUACGGAUGUGUGCGUGCGUUAUGUGCACGCGAGUAUUUUCUCAUUUCGGCUCACAAGCUGUAUUCUUCUGAGCAGCAAGUCAGCCAGCCGAGUGUUUGUCUGUCUCAGUGUGGGUGAAUGGUAUCAUAGUAACAAAACUCCACAUCUGACCCCAAGUAUUUUAUAUGUAAUACGGCGAUAUGUCCAACUUAAGUUUGACAAGAUUCUGUUAGCAUCUACUCUCUUUCAACAUGUUCAGCACUGUCGUUUGCAUUUUUAAUUGUGUAAUGUUUUAUUAAAUGAUAGUAAUUAUCCUGCCUAUGAAGCGGGAGCAACUAUGUCAUAAAGUGACCUGUGGAAACUAACGUUUGAUAAAAUGAGUGUUUUAGAUGGCAAGACUUGAUAUUAAUGUACAUUUGAUGGUAGCACAUGCAAUUUUUAGUAACAGAUUACUUUUUCAAGUAGCACUUAUAGUAAUAAGCAUCACACAACAUGAAAAACUAAAUUAUUGAACUGAUACUGUUGUGUUCUUUUUAAACCUCACUGUUUGCUAAGUCGACUGGAACUUCUUUUAAAGACAGUGGUUUGUGAAUUUGUCAAACGUUUGACUGCAAUAUUAUGGUAUGUUAAUAUCAAGCCUUGAGUAAGUUUAAAUUUAGUAUAUCUUGUUUCUUACUUUGAAUCCAGUAAGCCGCAUACCUUAAGUCUGGGUGCAUCCCAUCAGAGUAGUCAUACAUGCAUGGUACGGGUCCGUCAAAUAGGGUGUGUGGUCAUUCCGAAAUUCGCCAUUAUCAUAUCCUAAUUGGCAGGACAGUUCACCUACACUGUGGCAUAAUAGGAUGGGCACAGACUUGUGCUAUAUAUAUGCGAGCAAAUUUCAAAGUUACAGCUACGAUAUGUUCUACUAUUACGCAAACCGCAUGAAUACCUCUAAACGGACCGAUAAAAGCCCUGGUAGGGUUGGAGCUCCGUAUGGAUUUCCGCACUAGCACUUGAUCCCUCACACUUGUGAGUCACCGGUUAUGUGCAUUGCAAUAGUAUAGUAAUAGAAUUAAAAGUGGCUGUUUUAACGGCAGUGACCAAUGCAAGUUUAAUUAGGAGACGUAUUUGCUGCACAGCGUUUACUAUUGAAAGUACGUAAUCUUCUCCCAAUGUAACGCAUGAUCAACUUCAUACAUGCUUUCUAUUGAGGUUUAUUGGAUAAAUUGGGACCAGUUUGCUUUGACUUGUUGUCUUACGCGUUGUCUGGCUGCUCUCACACACUUGUUACGUGCCUGUAGGUAUUGAAAAGCGUUUCUCUAUUGGUUACUGCCGAGUACUACUUAUUGUUCUGUUCUCUGCUUCAGAUUUUUUGGUUAUUUUUCUGAUUGUCGUUCGUCUAUUGGCAUUAAACAUUACGCGUAGAAGUACGAGCUAAAGUCAAAUGCUGUCACGUGCAAGUGAAUUUUAUACCACAAGUCUAAGAUGCACAACAAAUCCAAUAGGUAUACAUUAGCUGUGCCUGUAGUUUCCAUGUCUCUGUGCUGUUUGAAUAUGUCUAGGCACGGCAGUGUACUCGUGGCUGUACAUGUAGUAGUAGCAGCAGUAAGAUAUCGUCACAUAUUUUGUAGUGUGUGUCAACCAGGGCUAGUUGGCCCCUGUGUCGUUACCGUUUCCAAAAAACACAUAACAGUGAAUGUGCGCAGGGAUUUGCAAGCAUGUGUACUGACUGUGCAACGUAACAACACUUCACAAGGCUCACCUAGUGUAAUUUGGAUUCAACUGACAAGAUUAUAUGUUUUCAUAUUUUCUGUAUUUGGUCUAAAACUGCGACUGUGGAUGCUUAACUAUUGCUGUCACACUUGGCACCUGUUUAUGUUUUGUAGAUGUCAUCAAGAUGUUAAACCGUUUAAAAUAGGACUUGUUCGAUUUAAUUACGUUCUGAUAAGUGUGUUCUGUGUAUCUUUACCUGUGCGUAUACAAUAUUUUAAUGAAUGUUGAGUGUGUGCUGUUCAGGCAUCCAAAGCCAGUCGUCAUCAUUAUAGUACAGUAUAUUACAGCACUUAUCGUACAUAUGUACAUUUCUGGGUAGAAACCGCAGUAUAAUUUCUUUGUUUUAUCUCCGCAGACAUGUACAUGUGUGCAGUGAGUUCCGCGUGCCGUGUUGUAGAGCAUACUAAAACUUUGCCAGCUCCUAUAACUGUUUUCCGAUGUAAACGUUCGCGUAUUUACGUCUAUGGAACGUUGUAAAGACCUAUUUUGUAACCGCAAAUCACACUAGUUCAUACGUUUUUAUAAUCAUCAAUUUGUAAAAGAUGCUGCUAACAUGGUUUUUACGAGAGCAGGCCUUGGUAACACACUAAAACUAUUAAUUUGUGGUGUUAAGUGAUGAUGCAAUGUACCUGCAAACCUACAAGUGCAGUUUUGCUACGAAAUCUUCAUAAUUGAAUUUCAUACAAAUACAGUAAUCAGUAUAGUCGGUCUAUCGUCACGCGACUAUCUUCUGCCGUGUAAACCGUCUGCACUGCACGUAUGUAGAUGCUCGUCAGUUAUGUGGUAGUAGUAGCUAUUGUGUAUCUGCUAUUCAGAAGCACUCUAGAAAUGGCCUGCUGUACAGAUGGUAAUAUCACUUGCGGAUCCCACACUUCAGCGGUAAAAUAAAUGCUUGUGACAUACAUAAAUGCUUGUGAAGCAGCUGUUGAUUUUAGCGCCACAGUUUCUGUGAAGAGAAAGAGUGAGAGAGAAAGAGCGAGAGCGAGAGAGAGGGAGAGCGCUCGCGCUCGCGCGCUAGAGGGUAGCUAAUUUAAAGCUCUGUAUAGGCGAGUGGUAUAUCAUCAUGCAUCCGCCUGACUACAUUGCCAAUGCAGAUUUAACACGGUUGGUGUCCCUUGACGUGAUAUAAACGACCUGGACGUUUCAAUAGAUUGGGAAAACUUCUGGUCUGGUAAAUCUUUACCAUUCAAGAGGGUGUGCGAUGUUAGUACGUCGUAAUGCGUUAUCGUAAUGUGUGCUGACGUCGUUUCACGCGGGAGUUCGCAUGCUCCUUAGGCUGAGAAUGGAAAUUUAUGCAUUUUUGAUGGAAUUGCUGCUUCACGUUACGGGUGCAGCGCUAUACGUGGUUAUUGGUGGAUGGCGCAACCAUAACGCUGCAGUUGUAUGAUCUGGUCUGUUCUGUGGCUAGUCUUGCAACAACCAUCAUUAGUAGUGUGCAAGAGAAGAUUGAUCUCACAAGUUGCGUGAAGUAGAUGGCUGCUCGUUAUGACACGUAUAAGUUAUCUGUUCCCUUCCUCUCCGUUUCUCUCUGUUCAUAUCUUUCAUUCAUCAGUUCACUGGCACACACGAACAAACAAAGGCGCGCGCGCGCACUCUCUUCUCACACAUAUAUUUAUCACCCCCUUAUGCAAGCAUGUGUCCGGACAACCUGAUAAUGAUCGCACUACAUGAAUGACAGGUGCUGAUCCCAAGCUGACCUUUGGGUUUUAUGCAAAUAUAUCCUGUUUCUGAAAUCGCUCGACGCUGUAUGGAAAGUUUGGAGUUUGUCUUUAGUUGCAUCUCUGUGUAGGCUGAGCGGUGAACGCGGUAUGGCCCGUUGCGCUCGUAAAACUUCACAUACUCUCCUGGAAAACAUAUAAAAGAUGAUAAUGCAGUAGCGAUGUAACGUAUAUGUGGCGCUACGCGCCGGUACGAUAAACCGUAUCACCGCCUGUCCGUCUAGUGUUGUUGUUACUCGUGGUGUCCCAGUCGUUGCACAACACUUCUGUACGAACCACGCCGUAUUCUUCAGGAGUGAAAGUAUUGCCGUUCAAAAUAAAUGUUGAAAUUAU